AUGAUCGGUAGACGAGUAUACUAUGGAAUUUUAUACCUUGCUUGCACCAAAACUGCAGAAUCACCGAUUCAGAUUGUCUCUAAGUACAUUGGUGAUCUACACGUCCAGCUUUGUGUUCUUAACAUGUUUGAUCCUAUGGCGUUACAAGCUGAAAAACAAUUGUCUCGCCGGUCGACCUUUAAUUCUAUUCUCAGUUCCACCACCUCACAAAACUCAUGUGGUGAGCCACAUCGACACAGAAUGAGUCCCAAAGAACAUGCUGAAAUUCGUCGACAAGUGGAGGACUUGUUGGCUAAAGGAAAUAUUAGAGAGAGCUUGAGUCCUUGUGCUAUUUCGGCUUUAUUGACUCUAAAGAAAGAUGGUACAUGGCGCAUGUGUGUGGACAGUCGUGCUAUUAACAAAAUCACUGUCCGCUAUCAUUUUUCUGUAUCCUGCUUGGAUGACCUACUUGAUCAGUUAGCUGGCGCCACAAUUUUCAGCAAACAUGAAUGGAAAAUUGCCUUCAAAACUCGUGAAGGCUUAUAUGAGUGGUUGGUGAUGCUGCUUGACCUUUCUAAUGCCCCUUGCACAUUUAUGCGUGUUAUGCAUCAGACAAGCACCAAUUAUUGGAAAACACGGUAUGUGGUUUCUAAGGAUGGCCUUGCUGUAGAUAGUACCAAAGUUGCCAUCAUCGCUCAAUGUCCUGAACCAACUUCUCUCACUGCAGCACAUAGCCUUCACAGCUUGGCAUCCUUUUAUCGACUCUUUAUACCUCAUUUUAGUAGCAUUAUGGCACCCAUCAUUGAUUGCAUGAAGAACACUAAAUUCACUUGGACAGAUGACGCUGCAGCUGCCUUCACUACUAUCAAACAGAAACUGACUUCACCACCACUAUUAGCAGUAAAACACUGGCGCCAUUAUUUAUUCCAGCAAGAAUUUGUCCUCUUUACUGAUCAUGAUGCUCUUAAAUACCUAAGUCGUCAAGAUAAGCUUUCUGCUAGACAUGCAUCUUGGCAUGCCUAUUUGGAACAAUUCACAUUUGUUAUCAAGCAUAAAGCUGGUGUUUCUAAUAGGGUGGUUGAUGCUUUAAGUCGUCGUCAUAAUCUCCUUGCUGAGAUUUUAUGGCUGAAAAUCAUUCAGGAAUUGCAUAAUGAAGGUCAUGUGGGUCGCAAUCGUACUUUGCAUAUUGUCAACAGCACUUAUUAUUGGCCCACAUUGUGCAAGGAGGUAGAACGAUUUGUGAAUCGUUGUCGUGUUUGUCAAAUGGCAAAAGGUACUUCUUCUAAUGAUGGGUUAUAUAUGCCACUUCUUAUUCCCACUCAACCUUGGACAAAUAUCAACAUGGACUUUGUGCUUGGCCUUCUGUUUGCGCAACUUUUCUUUUGCAACAUCUAUCAUUUACAUGGUUUACCAACUUCCAUUGUCUCUGAUGGAGACACAUGGUUUCUAAGCCAUUUUUGGCGAAGCUUGUGGAGAUCAGCUAACACCUCCCUAAACUUCAGUAAUGCGUAUCAUCUGCAAAUUGACAAACAAACUGAAGUUGUGAAUAGGUCACUUGGUAAUUUACCACGCAGAUUGGUCAUCUAUGGGAUCGUCCCACGUGGCUCACUAGACCUGUUGACUCUCUCUAGUAAUGUGCACACACAUGCUACAGUUAAGGAGUUUAUUGAACAGCUUUGUGAAAUUCAUCAACAAACUCAUUCCCAGUUAAUCAUAUCUACGGACAAAUACAAGGUACAUGCUGAUAAAAAACGUCGAUCUGUAGACUUUUCGGUUGGUGACCUUGUUUGGGCUAUUCUUACUAAGGAUCGCUUCCCAGCUCAUGACUAUAACAAACUUGUUGCCCGUAAAAUAGGACCUGUGGAAAUUACUAAGAAGAUAAAUCAGAAUGCAUAUCGUGUGCAAUUGCCAAGUCACGUUCACACAUUUGAUGUUUUCAAUGUGAAACAUCUUAUUCCAUUCUCGGGUGACAAUACUUCUGUUGAUGAGCCAUUGUUCGAUUCGAGGGCGAAUCUUUCUCAUCUUGGGGAGAAUGAUGUCAUGCAAAGUGGCUAA